AUGCCUCCGCGUCGCCGUCCCAGGAUAUCUCUCUGGGGCCGCUUUCGAACAUGGCUUCGCUACGCACACUCACCCCUCCGACUACGUGGUAGUCUCACACGACUCAGGCAUCAGCACAAGUAUCCCCUGCUCACGCUCCUGCGCAUGUUCAUCCCCUAUCCGUCCUGGUUCUUCCCACUCCCUGGUCCAUUUCCUCUCCGCGCGCUCAGCGAGGAUACAAAGAACGAGACGGGCAUUAUCGAAUCUCGUUUUGACGAUAUCCAUAAUCUCCGCGCUAUUCCUAUCUGGCGUAUGCGCGACACGCCCCUGCGAUCGAUUUACCGGCUCUACGAGCUCCACCUCGCUGAUCAUUACGAGCUGGUGGGGUGGGAGACGGAUUACUUUUUCUAUCGGCGAGACUGGAGGCUACGAGACAUACCAGACCCGAGAGAUCCUGACCCGCUUCGGUAUGCGAUUGUCGCCUCCAUCGUUGAUGAAUUACACGAGGCAGUAAAUUGGAGAUUGAGUCUGGGUCUGCGGAGGAAUCGAGAGCAUGUGUAUCGUGAAGAAGAAGGAGAUCCAUGGCCACCUUUCACUCCAGAGGAACUGCCUGCCUGGACAAAGAAGGUGGCCCCUAUUGAUAAGGAUCUACUGAGGCUGKCAGUACCACCAGAAUCACUGGAUGCAGAGGGGAGUCUGAUGCUUGAAGCUAAUGAAAAGUCGCUCUGGCAGUUACCGCCCAACUCGGGGCCUUCAAUUCCUCAGCAGGAACUUGUCGACGAGGAGGUUUGUCCCGACUACAACACGGCGACUUUCUACCCAGCAAAGCCCGGGGAAGUACUGGCCAAGAAAUUUCAGCUGCUUGUCAAAAUCGGAUGGGGAUCACAAUCAACCGUAUGGCUCGCCCGAGACAUUUCAAGGUACCUACCCACGUCCGUAACCACGCUUGCCAGCUUCAUGUUGACCGGCGAGAAACUGACACUGGCCAUCACAAUCAAGACUCAAAUGGCAACCUGA